AAUGGAGUGUGCUUUUUUGUUCAAAAGGGGUUCUCGCUUUCCGCUGCCAGUUUCGCUCAAGUCCACGCCCUGUUUUUGUUGCUUCUCGAUGCCGCACGAUCGGAUUCGAGGGCACCCGGGUCGUCUCGACAGAGAGCCGCAGCCGUACCCCAUUCGCAUGCCUCCCUGUGCCCGAGGUGUUGCCCAGCUGUCCGUAAGUGUCCUGUUGGUCGGCUUCCGUGCCGCUGUUGUGAAGUGCUGUGGCGAGGCGUUCGCCUGCACCACGGGUCUCGGCGGCACCUUUUGGGUAAGGCCUCCGCCGCUGAUCGCCCGCGGGGGCGCGCGCCUCGCACAGCUUGCCAGACCCGAUUCAGUCUCUGAGGACGACGCGCGCCGCUUCUCGGAGGCCGGUUACGAUGUCCGGUCCGCGGUGUUCGGGACCGUGCCGCCGGAGAGCACCGCGGACCUCUUCGAGAUGGUCCGCGACGUCACCCAGCUGCCCGAUUUGGAGCGGUUCCUCGAGAACGGGACGUUCGUCGACCUGGGCAGCGGGGAGGGGGAGCUCGUGGUGAACGCCUUGCGCGAGCACCCCGGCCUUGGCCGCGCCGUCGGCGUCGAGCUCUGCGGCGAGAGGCACCUGGCCGCCGAGGCGCGCGCUGCGGCGCUGCCCGAGGGCCUCCGUGCCCGGGCGCGGUUCCUCGAAGGGGACAUUUGCGACGAGGCACACGACCAGAUCAGGGAGAGCAUCGCGUCGGCUCGGAUCGUCUUCAUCGGCAGCCUCAUGUUCGAUGCGGGGCUGGUGGAGCGCCUGAGCUCUGUCCUGCGUCGCCUGGUGGCCGCCCGGGGCAUGGCGGCAGUGGUGGUGUCUUUUGGUAAGCAGCUGGACUUGCAGGACAGACCGAGCGCGAUGCGAUCGGGACUCUUGCGGGGCAGCUGGGGCUUGGCGCCUGUGUAUGCCUACGGGCUGCUGCCAGGCAGUAGGUGAUCAGGAUUUUUCUCGAUGUGGUGCCACAGUUUUUCUCAGGGCACUGAUUUCAAGCAGUAGGGCACUCCUGCGGCUGAUCAAUGCAAAUAAACCGAAUUUUCAUACAGCGCCAACACUGACACAACCGCAGCAGUCAUGCGAAGAAUCCGCGUUGCCACCAAAAAGAUGGACGUUCGCUUGAGACCUUCUGGUCUGACUAAGUGCCUGAGACUGGGUGCUCUCGAACACUGCAC